UCAGGUCUAUCUCGCAUCCUUCUUCUGUUUCCAUUUCAAGUGAUGUAUAAAAAUAAAAUCUCUGAGAUACUACUAAUGUUACUAGCUUGAAUCUUUGAGGUGUUGAAUUAUGCCAAAGGCCGCUCCCAAAUCCAGUAAUUUAUCAGAUGAUGACAUAAAGGCUCUCACUUGGCGAACACAGGAUGGAGGAACUGAGGUUGUGGAAGCGAAGGCUGGAAAGGGAUCAGCGACACUUUCCAUGGCCUACGCUGGAGCUGUCUUUGCUGAUGCUUGCUUAAAGGGGCUCAAUGGAGUUCCAGAUAUUGUUGAAUGCUCCUUUGUGCAAUCAAGCAUCACUGAUUUGCCUUUCUUUGCCUCUAAGGUGAGUCAAUGGUCAGAAGCUAGGCACCAGCUUCACAUCACAAGCUGGGCUUGAUACGGAUAAAUCUCUAAGCUGAUUGCUUCCGUGAUGCUGCAGGCAAGGCUAGGAAAGAAUGGCGUGGAGGAAGUCUUUGGAUUGGGUCCUCUUGCAGAUUAUGAACAACAUUACAACAGGGUCUUGAAAGCUUCAAGCCGGAGCUUAAAGCUUCGAUAGAGAAGGGAGUUGAGUUUGCCAACCAAAAUUAAUUGGACAAGUUAUGCAAGAUUUUGGAAUCAUAUUUUGGAACAGUUUAGUCACUGUUUUCCCAGCAUAUGAAAAUUUAAUUAGUCUAUGGAUUUUUCAAGUUUCAAAUUUAAUUAGUCAAUAUUUUGGAAUCAAAUUUCUUAUGAAAAAUUCAACUACUAUGGAGAUGGAUUUAAUUAGUCUAGGACAAAUUUAUGGACAAAAUUUCUGUCAUGGUGGAGUGUCUUUUAGUGUGUUUCAAACUCAGUUGAUGAGUUGUUGUUUCAAUGGCCAAUAAUGAUCAAUGGCAAGUUUAAGAGAGAGUCAUGGCAACUACUCUCAUAUAGUAUU